AUGAACAUCAACAAGCAGACAUCUUCGUAUGCAGCAGCAGUGAAGAACAAAAACAACAAGGACACCAAUACAACACCAUCUCCUCCACCGCCAACGCUGCCGCCAGCGUCUUCUGCUGAUACUCCUGUCCUGCCAAUCGUGACUACCAGCACUCCAGCAACGCCUGUCCUGACGACGACUGUGACUCCCAGCAGUCCUAGUCUGCCGAUCGUGACUCCCAGCAACUCCACGUCUCUUGACCUGCCUACUGUGACUCCUAGCACAUCAGCCACCAGUUCAACUGUUGCUGCGGAUGAUCCAACAGAUGUGGAGAAACAGCAGAGCAGUAGCGAUGAAUGUGAAUCUGAUGACUCACUAACACUAAAUAGAACCGAUGCUCCGAGCUUCAAACCACCCGAACAGCCAGAUAAACACAAACUCGAUGACUCAAACAGCGACUCUAAUACCGACACAUCCAAGGCACUCCGCGACGAAUUUAUCUGCUUCUCGGAACGCCUCAUCCAGCUUGUUCUUGAAAUGCUCUGA